GGGAAAGGACUCACGCGCCGUUACCCCAAUGUGGAUCGGCGAAUUUCCUCUCGGAUUCUGUUGCGUCGCCUUCGUAUUGCCCGACUCGUUUUCGGGCCAACGCCCUUCUGCGCGCAGAAGAUCUAAUAAGUUUCUACGUGCCAGCUUGCAUGUUCCAUUGCCGACGUGAACUAUGUUUGGGGAGGGGGCGGGCGAGAUUGGUAACCUGUUGGGUGGGUCGGUGAACGGGUCGUUGACCUCUUUUUACCCUGGAGCCGGCCCUGCCGAGGCAAGAGUAUUCUAAUUCGUUCCAGUCCGCCUGAACGCGUCAGACACGGUCUUGUCUCAAGUGUUUCAGUGCCGACGCAUGCACGGGGCAUUAUUUUUGCUACCGCCUCUUACUGACCGCAGCAGUAGCACAAUCGUUGUCCCGUGCGCUACCGCGCUUGUCCGUCUCCACGCUGCGGCGGGUCCUAGAGGGUCGUGGUGCGUGCGGGAGGGGAAUGGCACCCUGAAAGCAUAAAUAUUACCGAAGGCAAAACUUGCUGCCUUCAGUGAGCUCACUAGAGGCAAACAAAUGUGCCUCCAGUGCCUUCAGGUGAGGGCACAAGUUGUGCCUUCCGUUGCAUUCAGUGCGCUCAGUGCCGCAGUUUCUGUUCUCGGUGAGCCCAGCGGCUCCUCCUCCGCCGCCUCCUCCUCCUCCGCCUCCUCCUCCCGACCCGAGACGCCGGCCACGAAGCUGAGGCGGCGGCGGACACUCGCGGAGUGUCCUCCGAGCUUCGGCGCCCGCUGCGCUGCAGCGGCCGCCGCCCGCACUCGCCGCCGGCAGCGCCCGGCCGUGAGGGCACGGCCGCGGGACGUUUCGCCCUGAAGGCGAGGUCGGGAUGGGGCCCUCAGAUAUGGCGCCAUUAAGGCCUGCGCCCCGGGACCGUCGGGGUGCUGGGUGUGCGCGCGUGCGCCGCGUGCAUGCUGCCCCUGCCUGCUAUGACAUGCCCGACCUCAUGCUAUUUUCGACCCCUGGUCGCGCCCCACUCCCCCGCGACCCAGGGCGGCGCGAGUCACGCUUUCGCUGGGGGGCUGGCCGCUUCACUAUGAGCUUGCCCGAUGCCUACUGGACUGGAGACCAGUGGGCCCUGGCGCCCUCUGGCCCGGUGGACGGCCCCUUCUACGGACUCCUCGUUCCCCGGCGGCCGCAGGGAAACCGCCGGCCCGCGACGAUGCCCACGACUCCCUUGGCGACGCCGCGCCGGCGGCCGCGAUGCCGCCACUCCUCCCUCUCGGAGGGGAAAGUAGGGAAGCGAGGAGUUUUUCCAUCUGGGACCCCCCUCCCUGGCGCGCGGAGAGCGCCAGGGGCGGCGCCAGAGGCGCUGCCAGGGGGCCCAGCGCCGAUCCAAGAAGUCCGCGCGGACCUCUGAGUUUUUACGUUCAUGUCAUUGUUCGUUCCCCCUGAGAAGGGGCCGAUGCCGCUGCCGUUCCCUGGUUUUCGCAUUCUCGGGCCUCCCGUGAGGCCCUCGUUGCUGCCGCUGGACGCGCUGCGAUGUUGUGGUUGGAGUGCACGGAGAGGUCGGGGGAGCAUCGGCGUUGGGAACCUUUUGCGUCCCCACCCAGCAUGAUCGGAAUAAGUACGGAAAGAAUUGGCACAAAGCCGCACAGCAGUUCCGAUUCAUUUUGAACAGGACUCGC